UGUUUAUGUCAAAUAAGAAAUCACAAUUGUUCGGAGAGGAGGACCAGGUUCAGGGUUCUACAAAACUAGCCACCAAGAGUAACCUCAACGUUAACAAGGCCUUCGCAGAUAAAUUUGAGAAGCGAGAGACAAAGAAGCUCUUGCAAAAGGGCAAGCAAAUGGAGUCUGAAGAAGACAGUAGUGAAUAUUCGGAUGAAGACUCCGAAGGAGUCCUCAUCAACGACACUGUUGAACACAAGUUCCUUGAGACUAUUGCUAGGAUCAGAGCCAAUGACCCUCAACUUAAAGAAGCCAAAGAGAAUAUAUUCGAAGACAAAGAUUUUGAUAUAGAAAAUAUUAAGGAAAAGCCAAAGGAAGAGAAGCCAGUCACAUUCAAAAGUAUGAUGGCUGAGAAAGUCAAGAAGAGAUUCGGUAAAAACCUUGAGAAAAACAUUGAUGAAGUCAGCGACCACGACUCUGAAGCAGAGGAUGAAGAAAAGAAGGAGACUGAUGUCCAACUCCAAAAGAGACUCAAAGCUGACUUCCUCAAGGCAGCUGACGAUGAAGCCGAAGUUUCAGACUCAGAUAUCCUCAUGGUCAAAGAAAAGACCAAGGAGGAGCUUCAAAAAGAAACUGAGGAGAUGAAGAAAUACGAAGAAAUUGAGAAACAAAAGAAAAUGGAGCAAAACAAAUUCCUUAAUAAUUUCUGGACCAAUAAAGCCAAUAAGAAACUUACUGAAGAGGACAAGUUUUUGAGAAGCUACAUCCUCGGUGAAAAAUGGAAAGAAAUCGAAGAAGACAUCGACGAGGAUGCUGACGAAGAAGACUUUGAAAGAGACAGCGAGAUGGAGGAAUUUGAAGAAAACUACAACUUCAGGUUCGAAGAACGGGACGGUGACAAGAUCAGGACUUACCCAAGAACCAUAGAGGACACCUACAGGAUCGCCAGGAACAGACGUAUGGAGAAUAAAAUUGCCAAAAAGAAGAGGAUGAAGGAAUACAUUAAGGAGAAGAAGCAGGAGAUGGAGCAAAUCGCUAAUAUUAAAAAGCAGGAGAUCAUGAAGAAAGUCCAGCAAGCCGAAGAGAUCGCUGGCAGUCAUACUAUCAGUAAGAAGCUUAAGAAGGAACUUGAGACUGACUUCAACCCAAAAGCUUACGAUAAGAUCAUGGCCAAGGCCUUUAAUGACGAUUAUUACGAAGAAGAUGACCAGAAGGAAAAAGUCUUUGAGAAGACUGUCGUAGAUGAUUACCCUGAAGUCAACAGGUACGAAGAAAAGCCCCAAGCUGAAGGCGAAGGAGAUGAAGAAUCUAAGGAAGACAAAGAAGAUGAUAAAGAGCCAGAAAUCACAGAGGAGCAAGCCAAGCUUCUUAAGAAAAAGAGAGAAGUUAAGCAAGCUUUUAAGAAGUUAGAGGAAGAAGGUGAUUUUGAUAUCUGGUACUCUUGUGAUGGCUGUAUGGAUGCAAUCAAACCAGGAAAGUUCAGAUUUGACUGCAAGAUCUGUGAUAACUUUACAUUCUGUCAGAAAUGAUUCAAGAACAAUCAGAGUCAUUCUCACCCAUUUAAAAAGAAGAAGGUUCCAGGUAACCUGGCUCCGCCUGAAAACAAGGAGAAACUGUUGUCUGAGGCAUACAUGUUAUGAUCAUUUUGUAAGGUUUCACUUCUCGAUAAAAGUAAGAGGGCUUACUUAUGUCAAGACUGUAACUUCUACCUAUGUAAGGACUGUAAGAAGGACAACUGUCAGGGCCACAACGUUCAGAAGGAGAAGAAGAGGAUCACCGAAGAGGAAGAGACUCAGGAGAAGUCCCAAUUCUUGGACGGAAUGCUCGAGGAUUAUUACAACACUGGGUUCGAGGACAUCAUCGGGAAGGAUAUAUACACUCGGUUUAAAUACACUAAUGUGAAGAAGAGCAACUUUGGGCUUUCUAAUGAUGAGAUUUUACUGUUGAACGACAAGGAGCUGAAUAAUCUCGUGUCUUUGAAGAAAUACAAGCCUUAUAGAAAUGAUGAGGAUAGGAUCAAUCUUCACAAGGUUAAUCAUAUAAAGAAGAAAUUGAGCAAGAGAAUUGAAGAUGAAAGAAAACAGCUUAAGAAAGUCCUUAAGCAAGACAUUAAACUUCAAAAGGAGAAACUUUUGGGUAUUAAGACGGAUGCUAAAGAGCAGAUGAGGCAACUCCGUAGAAACGAGAAGGCUAAGGAGAGGAAACAAGAAAAGAAGGAGAUGCAUACUGGGGAAGGUGUACAGAAACAGACUGGAGGAAAGAGAAACAGAAAAGAUCUCUAUGGUAUAUAA